AUGGAAAUAAGGGAGAAUGCAGGCAAGGGAGUGUGUGUUGGGCACUCUGGUGAUGUUGCUAUUGAGACUGAGCAGACGGAGAAGUUUGUGUAUGAAGAUGUUCUGGCAAGAAUAGGUGUGACUCCUUUGAAUAAAUUAUGGGAGGUUCUUGCAAAUCUGGACUGUUGUCUGGUGAAUAGGCAGUUUUCUCCUUCAGGUAAGGAUUCUUUUUACGUGGACCACCAGUAUUCUCCAUGGAACGGCAUGAAUGUUUCAAUGGAUGACGAUGUAGGUUUGGUAAGGAGAACUGAUCCCCUAGAUAAGGGUUACUUGUCUGAUAAAGGGAGUUUUGUGUUUGAAAACAGAACUAAGUCAUUCUUGGAGGAAUUGGGGGAGGAGGAGGAUCUGGAUUCCAGUGCUCUAAAUGAGAUGUGGUAUAUAUCACAAUCGUUUAUGCCUGCUGAGGAGACCCUUAUGGGAACAUCUUUUGGGUUUCCUGUGAUUGCCUCUUCUACCUAG